ACCAAAAUCUCAUCUGUUUGUGUGUGUGAUUUUGGUUUUUUAUUUUCCGGUUUAGUAUUUCUGUGGCUCACGAGUCAACAGGUUUCUUGGUGGAGUGGAAAGAAGAGAGCCAGUGAUGCGAUGCGGCACGUUUAGUUGAAUACCCUCACUCUCUCUAUUCUACAACAAUGGCCAUGUCUACUGCUGCUUCUCCCUUCCUUCGCCCUCUGCAUCAAGUAGAAUUCCCCAAAUGUCCUCGCCUUUCUUCUAAAUCCCAGUUUCGCCCUCGGCUAACCAUUCGUGCUAGCUCCUCUGUUGUUAUGGAGUCGGAUUUAAGUACACAGCAGGAUCAGGCAAUAGUUGUGGACAUCUUCGCAUGCCCAGUGUGUUAUGAACCAUUGAUAAGAAAAGGACCUUCUGGCCUUAACUUAUCAGCAAUCUACAGGUCUGGUUUCAAGUGUAAGAGAUGUAUGAAGUCAUACUCUAGCAAAGAUAGGUAUCUGGAUCUGACUGUAACUGCUGGGUUGAGAGAUUACACUGAAAUCCAACCAGGUCGGACUGAGCUUUUCAGGAGUCCACUUGUUUCAUUCUUAUAUGAAAGAGGUUGGCGUCAGAAUUUCAGGCAAAGUGGCUUUCCUGGCCCCGAUGAAGAGUUCAAAAUGGCUCAGGAGUACUUCAAAUCUGCUGAAGGUGGUCUUGUUGUCGAUGUUAGCUGUGGUAGUGGUUUAUUUUCCCGAAAAUUCGCCAAAUCUGGAACCUAUUCUGGAGUCAUUGCACUAGAUUUUUCUGAAAAUAUGCUUCGCCAAUGUUACGAUUUCAUUAAGAAAGAUGACACUCUUUCAACCACUAAUAUUGCUCUUGUAAGGGCAGAUGUUUCUAGGCUUCCUUUCUCAUCAGGUUCAGUUGAUGCUGUUCAUGCUGGUGCAGCCUUGCAUUGCUGGCCAUCUCCCUCCAAUGCUGUUGCUGAAAUCACUCGGAUUCUAAGAAGUGGUGGAAUAUUUGUUGGUACCACUUUUCUGCGUUACAAUUCAUCAACUCCUUGGAUUCUACGCCGUUUAAGAGAGAGAACUCUACAGGGCUAUAGCUAUUUGACAGAGGAAGAGAUCAAAGACCUUUGCUCGUCAUGUGGCCUUACCAAUUACUCAAGCAAAAUUCAGCAGUCUUUUAUUAUGUUCACAGCUCAAAAGCCUUGAUACUAGGUUUGGUCUAUUUAUAACAUUGUCUAUUCAGGAAAGUAAGGAAUAAUAUUAUAAGAGCUUCACACAAACUACAUGUUUCUGCCUGCCUUCAAGGUGUUCUACUUAAACUUCGUCCUAUAAAACUUAAAUGAAGCUAUGUUUACAAAAAGUAAAUGGCAUUUCAAAAUGGAAGGUUUUCCUUGGCAUACUGC